AAACCCAAAGGAAAAGGUUCUCAAACUCAAGAAGACACCUUUAUCUUUUUCUCCCUCUCUAGUUUUUGUGUGCCCUCUUCCACUUCCUGCUCUACUGCAGAGACACUGGUAAAGCCCAGAAAGAUUUUGUCUUUUUUUUCCCAACUAGUUCAAAGAUUGCACAUAGAGAGUACCCCACCACUCUGUUGUUUCUCAUACAUCCUGCCAACGCGUAUAUAAAUAGAGGGGCUCGACAGGCCUUUCUCCCUGCUUUACACCAAAAGAGAAAAGAAGAAGAGGCAAUGAAAGGUUGGCUGUUGUAGCCCACAUCCAAGCUCCCCACUUUCUCCAGUCCAAGGAAGCAAACCCAAGAUGGUUAUUUGAUUCCUUCCAUGGUAUUUCAGACUCUUUCUUAUUAAGUUUUUUGAUCUUCUUGGCCACUGUAGAGAGAGAGGGAGACAGAGGCAGAGAGGGAAGAAAAAGGAAACUUGAUCCAAACGAAUCAACCCCACUUUCUCUUUUUUCUAUUGUUCUCCCUUCACUGUUUCUCUCGCAGCAUGGCAGAUGAUGAAAAGGGUUGUGCAACUAAUGAAGUUGUAGAUGGCUCUACUGGAGAAAAGAGGUUCUUCCCCUGCCUCUUUUGUUCAAAAAAGUUUGUCAGCUCUCAGGCCUUGGGUGGUCACCAGAAUGCACACAAGAAGGAGAGGUCAGCAGCAAGGAAGGCCCAGAGAGCAGCUGACUACAGGAUUUCAGGGCUACCCUCCCCACCUGUUAUCUUUGCUCAAAACCUUGGUGUCUUAGGCCCUUCCUUCUAUAUCAAUGCCCACUCUGGGAAUCACGGCAUCCCUCCAACUGGGCACUUUGCUUCUCAAUUGUCUGACAGGUUUGGGUCCAAUGGAGCCCCUAGGUUCGACAACCCAUACAGAGGACCACCAUGUUUUGGGGAGGAAGAUGCAAGUUUCUUCAAUUGGCAGAGGAGUUACAGGGACAGGGUGGUGAGCAAUGGGGAGUUUCCAUCAGAGGGGCCUUCAAAGAAGAGGGCACAACUUUUGGGAAUUGAUGAGGACGCAUCUGGAUCUUCUGGAAGUGACCAGAAUCUUGACUUGUCUUUGCAUUUGUAGAGGCUUAAGGAUCUUCAACAGAUAUAGGGAGAGUCAUGGGAGAGACCACAAUUUUCUUGUUGCAGAGAAAGAGAGAGAAAUAGUGUCCUAUAGGCUUAUCUCCUUCUCUUGAUCUUAUGUUGGGACGUCGGUUUUUGGUUCUGGGUAUGUGCAUGUGUAAUAAGUUAAUAGUCUUCUUUCUGAUUUCUUUGUUCAUGGCCCUCUGCGUCUGAGGGCAUGCUUUUUCAGUAUAGUGAUCAUCUUCUUUUCGACUA